UCCCCCAACUCCUACUUGUAAACUGCCUACAGUUACCUCCCUCCCUCCCCACCCACACAAACCCAGAGAGACAGAGAGACAGAGAGAGAGGCAAAAUGUUGAAGGAUGAAGGGACCGGUAAUGUUGUAGGCAUUGGCACCAACAACUGGCAGCGUGUGUGCGACACCUGCCACUCGGCCGCCUCCGCCGUCUACUGCCGCACCGACUCCGCUUACCUCUGCACAACCUGCGACGCUCGCAUCCACGCCGCCAACUCUGUGGCGGCGCGUCACAAGCGCGUGAGUGUGUGCGAGGCCUGCGAGCGCGCUCCGGCGGCUUUCCUCUGCAAAGCCGACGCCGCCUCCCUCUGCCCAUCCUGCGACGACGACAUCCACGCCGCCAAUCCGCUAGCAAGCCGCCACCACCGCGUCCCCAUUAUGCCCAUACCCGCCUGCCUCUUCGGCCCACCCGCCACCGACCCGGGUGGAUCCGAAGCUGAUGGGUUCUUCGGUAACGAGCCUGAGGAUGAAGCAAUUGGUGAAGAAGACGAAGACGAGUCUGGUUCAUGGUUGUUACACAAUGUUCCUGUGAAGAACAACACUAAUCAGAAUACUAGUAAUGGGUUUUUGUAUGGUGGAGAAGUGAUUGAUGAGUACUUGGACCUUGUUGAUUACAAUACAUGUGAAGAGAGUCAGUUCACAGAUCAAUACAGUGGUGUUAUUGGUGAUCAGAAGAACUAUGGAGGAGGAGGAGGUGAUAGGGUAGUGCCUGUUCAGCAUCAGCAGCAGCAGAAUUAUCAGUUGGGCAUGGAGACGGGGUUUGGUUGCCCUGUUUCAAUUAGUCACACAGUCUCCAUUUCAUCAAUGGAUGUUGGUGUUGUUCCAGACUCCACAAUGAGUGAUGAUGUCUCUGUCUCAGUCUCAGCCUCCCACUCAAGACCUCCCAAGGGGACAAUUGACCUCUUCUCGAGUCCUCUUCACAUGCCAUCCCAACUUAGUCCAAUGGACAGGGAGGCUAGAGUCCUAAGAUACAGGGAGAAGAAGAAGGCCCGCAAGUUCGAGAAGACAAUCCGGUAUGCCUCCAGGAAGGCCUAUGCUGAAACCAGGCCCAGAAUCAAAGGCCGGUUUGCAAAGAGAACUGACGUGGAAGUUGAUGUUGAUCAGAUGUUCUCCGCAACAUUAAUGGCAGAUGGCGGGUAUGGCAUUGUUCCAUCAUUCUAAAUCCAGAAACAAGUAAAGGUCAGUCUCAGUGCACGAGGCUUUUGUCACUGCAAGGUCUGGGGAGGGUCAAAUGUCCGCAGCCUCACCUCUCUGCAUGUAGAGAGGCUGUAACUACUAUUGCCAAACCUACUGCUAGUACUGUACCUGUUUCAAUCUAAUUCAAUUUUUAAACAAUCAGAAAUAUAUGCUUUGUAAUUUUGUGAAUCUUCUUCUUCUUGUUUUGAUUUGCUUGUAAAUAAGGCAUGUAUACUUUCAAAUUUUGUUGAUUAUUUUUGGUUAAUAAUGAAAUAUAUAGAAGUCCACCAGAAUUGAAGAUUCUACUUC